ACAUUCACUGUGUCUAUGUUUUCGUCUGCACGGUGUAGAGCAUUGGUGCCUUAAUUUUUCUCCUGAUUUAAAGUGGCGAUCAGGACUAAAUUUGAAUUUUGGCAUUUUUUUUGUAGUACUUAAGAAGGAUGUGGUCUGACCAGGAGCUGGUGGAGAUGCUCCGGAGCAGCGUGCCCUACUACCUGGUGGUGGCACUGCCUCUUCUCAUCCUCAUGUCCCCGGUGCCAGUAGAUGCCGCUGCUGAAUUUACUGUCUACCGUCUCCAGCAAUAUGACCUCCAUGGUUCUCCCCAUGGUCGGUACUACUAUUUAUAUUCCUUAUACCGUGGACCCAAAACUGGGGAACGUGGAAGCAUUUUGGACACAUCAGAAAAUGUAGACUUAACUUCUCUGACUCGCAAUACGGUAGUGGUGGCUACUGCGCUUCUCCGACACAUCUAUAACACUUCUGUAGAUGGGAUCUUUGACAAUGGUUUGGCUGUGACCAAAAAGAGUGUAAAAUCCUGGUUGGAUCUGUUGACAUCACAACCAAGGUCUCCUCAGCUCCUCUCAGGAAAAAAUAACCCACUUGUGUCCACACUUCAUCAAAUUCUAACUAGGUACACCAAUGAAGCACGUGUCACCUUCCUGAAAGCUGAUAAGAGGGAUCCUGAAUGGGCUUUCUAUGACAUCACUCGUGCCACCAUGGCUGCCUAUGCUGUCAAACCUGCUGCUUUUGAUUUUCUUCUUACAAUGGCUAUCCUAGCAUACUUAGGUGUUAUUUAUGUGUUCCUUCAGUACUUUCCCAAGCUGUAUGCAAUGAUGGUCAGACUUGCCUCGCCUCAGAAAUCCAAGACACACUAGUCUCUUAUGGAUUCUGAAAAAAGUGCAGUACAUUGUAUGUCUAUUAUAAUGUUCAGACAGCUUGAAUCUGCCUUGAAAAUGCAAUCAGUAUUUUGUACAAUAUGCUUUUACCUACUGAUACCAAGACAGUUAAUUAGCAUAAUUUCAUAUUUAUGCAUAUUGCUAACUGGAAUGCAUGUGUGGCUGUAAGAGAGUACAAUAUUUUCACUUGUUGAAGUCAGACUGCCGGUGCAUCUAACUGGACACUGACCUCAAAUCUCCUUUUGUUCUCAACAUGUUCUUGUGAGCAUUACAACUAUCUAUAAUUAUAAUAACUGAGAGACUACUAAGCAUACAAAAUACUCAAGUGAAUCCCCAUUUAAGCUUCAUGUUUUCCGAGAAAAUGGUAGUUGUGUACUGAGCAGUGUUCUUCAUUUAUACAACACUUGAUAAUGUAAGAACUAUGGAGGGAUAUAAGUUAUUUGGUACUCUGUAGCAUUUAAAGUAGUGGGCUGAAUUGUCUUCUCUAGGAAAUCCUAACUCCUUAUAGGAAACAGAUUAAUUGAGAACCUUUCAGCAAAUUUGUGAACUUAAUUAUAGAAAGUACUUUGAUUUUUGCAUCCACAUAUUAGCAUACAGUAGGUUCCUGACUUGCGAUAUUCCAACUGAUGAUGUGCCACACUUGAGGUAUUGACACUUUGGAACCAAUUCAUUACAUACUUAUGAACACUGAUCUUCAGUUACGAUCAUUGCAAUUAUUCAAACACUAAUUAUUUUACAUAGAUAAUUUUUCUCAUUUUUUUUUUUACCAAAUACAUUGGUAUUGAAUAUGUUCUUUUUUUGUGCAUGUGUGUAGAGUGUUCGUGAGUUUUUUGUAGAGCAGUAUAGAUUAAAUAAUUACUUUGUUCUGUUGGUCUGUGGUAGCUGCUGCUAGCUGUUGCCCAUGUACUGGGCAUGUCCAGUGGGUAUGGAGUAAAACAGUGGGAGCUCAUGCCACACCCUCUCACAGUUAACCUCACCACUACCUUCCCAUAAUUUCCUGGCACAUAAUACCCUUGCCAUAACAGUGAGGGAGUGGUAAGUAUACAUAAAGAGUCUUGGGUUAUGAUGCAUGACAGGGUGUGAGUGAAUAGGAGAGAGAGAGAGAGGGGGAGGGAGGCAGUCCAGCUGCUUCCUUCCCUUAUAUAUCUGUCACUCCAUUCUUCCUACACAACACACUUACAGUAACAAGUAAAUAUUGAGCAUAUGUAAGCAAGGUUGUGUUAGAUAUGAUGCAAGAGAGGGCGGGAAUAAAUAAGAGUGAGAAUGAGAAAGACAGGAUGACAGUUCAGCUGCUGCCUACCCUUAUACAUAUGUGCUGUAUUGUAUACAUGCUGUGUUGUAACUUCUGCUGAAAUCUUUCACUGUCAUGAUUUUUCAGAAAAAAAUAAUAAUUCUAUCUUCUAAAAUGGUAGAGAAUCUUUUUCUGAAGGUAAUGACACUUACAAUAUAAAAUUUGAUGGAAAACUUAUGGAAUUACACAGGUGCAAAGUUCUUGAUGCCUGUUUAAGGCUGAUUACAUUGCUUAAAUUCACCAAAUUCCUAGUAAUUUUGCUAGUAUGCUUUCUGUUCUAACAAUUGAGCAUAUGAGGUUGCCCAUUCAACUAUCAGAACUGUGAUAAAGCAUGAUAAGUUGAUAAUUUAGCCAAUUUUACACAAAAUUCAACAAACUGCAGUUUUAAAAUAGUCCAAAAUAAACACUGCAGGCAUUCCAACCACUAAAGCAACCUUUCCUCUGUUCAUUAGUCACAUACUUAGGCCUCAUGAAUCAUCACAAUAAAUGUAUAUAAAUUUUACCCUAUUUCUCAGCUACUAAGCAGUGCUGUAUGGCCCUUGUGGCUUAGCACUUCUUUUUUUAUUAUAAUAAUAAUAAUCUCAGCUACUAAAAUAUACCCAAGAAUGAUUUAGGCCUAGUAAAAAGCUCAGUAAGACAGAUGGGGGGUGGGAGGGUUGUGAGGUACCAACCCUUUCUCAGGAAAAUCGAAUAUUUCAAACCACUUUGAGGCCUAUUUAAAGCCACUUCUGGUCUGAAACUGACCAAAGUAAUCUCCAUUUCACUAGUAUGUCUUCCAGUCUAUCAACUGAUACCAAGAAAUAGCCAAGAAAACCAUGAAAAACCACUAAAACAUGCCUCAAAGUUGUUAUUUUAAACCAAACACAAGGUCAGAGGUAAUUUCUUCCCAUCAUUCACUUUGUGGAGCAGAAUUCUUUUUAUACUGUGCACACCCACCAAACCUAUUCUCUCUUGUCUAGGCCAAAAUUUACCCAUCAAAAAACAAUAGAGGGCAUUUUAAUUAUAAUGUAGCUCUAUGUGAGAGACUGAAAGGGUUAAUUAACAUGUACAGUAUGCAUCAGCUAAACAAUGUUUAAUACUAUUGGUAAGGGAAGAGGAACAGUGCAGAAUGUAUAUUGGAUUGAUUUCUUUUAGUUAAAAAACAUAUGAAAUUAUAUGCAGAAUAUUAUGUAUGGGAAUAUACCUCCAAUUAUAGCAUGGAUAUCUAAGGGGACACUGUGUUCCAAACUCUUAGCAAUUGACUUCCAAAAACCAAAAAAAUUUCAGGAGGACCUACUGUAAUGCUAGGGAGGCAACAUCUUCCAUGAAUUAGAAUAAUGUUUAUGGUAUAAAAUACCUUAGAAUAAUUAUUCUUAUAGCGUGAGGGUUUAAAAGUCAGACUGAUUUUGACAGUGUAAAAUUACUAUUACUUAGGUAUUGCAAGUUUUUUAAACAAAACCUAAAAGUGCUUCUUAAAAUCUUGCCAGGACUUUCUUACAUUUUAGGUGGUUGCCACUGAAGGAUUUUUCCCAAGCCUAUGCACUGUAAAUGUUUUUGUGAAUUUGAAGGACUUUGUAAGUGUUAAUAGAGACUGAAUGUGUGUAAAUUCUUGAUCAACCUCUUAUGGGUUACAGUAGAAAUAUUUUCAGUGCUACGAAGGUAAAUUAAAACAAAUGUAUUACAAGAAGAAUGGGAAACAUAUAUGACUUUAUGAUGAAAAUUAAAUUUUAUUUUAAAUUGUAUUAUAUUUUUUCUUUCAUAAGUAUUUUCUGAAGUCCAUAAACACACUGGAGGUGCACUAUUGUACAGUAUUCUCAGUUUGAAGAUGUGCUCAUAGUCACCAACAGUGCAUGACUGUAAAUGGUCACUUCCAUGCAAAAGGCAUCAAUUAAUGACCUUCAUUUGCCCAGUAAAAUGGAACUUUAUAUUGUCAGAAACUGCUUAAAAAACUAAUAAAUAAAUUUUGUUUGUCAUUAAAUGCAGCUUAUUAACUUUGUAUAGGAAUGAUGAUACUUAAAUUGAUAACAAAAAUUUUUGAAGCCAAAUUUUGUUUUGAGACAAGGUAUAUAAACUUUCAGUUUGCAUUUAUGAAAUCAUCAUUUGCAUAUUUUAUUUAUAAAGCAAGUGCCAUGGUUUUGAUUGUGAAAAAUAUUUUUUUUUAAAGAAAUGAUAAGUAAAAACAAAGAAAACUGACAAGAAGAAGAAGAAGCCAAUACCACAUGCCCUUGACUAGCUUGUUCUUUGCUCUUCCAUCUUUCAUAGGCACGAUAUACAGGUACUUAAGUGUCACUAAAUGCUGCAGGGAUUGUCCACUGGAAAUUCAAAACCAGUAUAUUGACUGCAUUAGCAGAAUGCAUAGGUAUAUUAUUACAUUUUGUGUUUUUUUUUUUUUUUAAUUCUAAAUAGUGAAUGCAACCAAAAUCUGAAUUUCGUAAAUAUAAAAUUAGUAAAUCAUGGAGCACUCUAGGACAAUAUCUGAUAUUUUUGGAACUUAACACCCUACCAUUUAACCAUUUCUUCAUGAGAGGUCUAAUAGGAUGAUAUUUGCAUCGAGCACUUACUACUUGCAUGGACCACAGUUCAAGGCUCUACCGUUUUCUGUUUAUUCAUUGACAGUUGUUCAUUAUAGCUUACCUUGGGUUUAUAGACUAUAAGGCUUUGAGGGGUAUGAGAAUACAUGUGCCAUGAAACUGUGGGGGUGUGAGAUGAGAUAGUAGUACCACAGUUGGUGGUGGAUGAUACAACUUUGUCACAAGUGCUGGCUGUAAAAUUAUUCUAUUUGAACCCUUGUGACUGAAUGGUUGCAGUGCUGGGCCUGCUACUUGCAUGGACCAUGUGAAUGAUAUAUACAUACUUUUUGGGGGUGCCCCUACUGCCGUUAUUAUUAGAUAAUUAAUUUUCUGUCAUGAGGCCUGCAGAAAUCAUAUACUGACUUCUUUAGACUAGUUCAAGAGGUCAGUCAUUUAAUUUUUGAGCUAAGAAAUAAAACUUUAAGAAAUUCUUGUACUCUGCUGAUUCCAGACACAGUAUGUCUACUUGAUAUAUUGUGGUUAUUAUCUAUCUCUGAAAUCCCAAAGAAUAAUUAUUGUCCUGUGACAGUAAAAUAACUUAUCAUAAUUAUGACCUAUAGGUCAAAGUGCUAAAAUUUACAGAGGUGAAUUCAGAGCAUUGGAUAACCAUGAACACCAGAUUUGAAUAUAUUUGGUAAUGGUAGGGUGUUAGGCAUUGGGUGACUUGCCUUUGAACUUCCCUUGCCCUUAAAGGUAAACUACAUGAUUGAGUGGUAAUUAUUUAUUACCCUGAGGUUAGUAGCAGCAAAAACAAUUGUGGACGGGGUUGCAAAACCCUUCCAUAAUAUGCAAGACUUCACCUAUUCGGUUAUCAUAUACAUAAUAUAUUGGUUUUAGCUCAUCUUGAAUGAAGGUUAUAUAUACUGUAUUUUUCAGUGAGUGCGCUCAAGUAAUGAAUAAGACACUUGUGCAACAUUUGGGUAUCUUUAUUCUGGAAAUGUAUUGUCACACACUGGCUUCUUCAGUCAAGUGCAGAGAAAGGUGGAAAAUAAGGAGUUUCAGGUAAUCAGUCCCUCAGAUGUGUUCAGUCCAUCACUCUUGAGAAAAGUCAAGAUUGAUGGACUGAACAUAUCAACUCCAGGUUGAGGGACUGAUUAACUGAAACUUCUCGUCUUCCACCUUUCUCUGCAUUGAACUGAAGAAGUCACUGCGUGGCAAGACGUUUGGAAAGUAUAGAUACCCAUGUGUUGCACAAGUGUCUCGUUUAUCAACUUGUCAGUUUUGUAAACCAUUUAUUGGCACUCAAGUAAUGUUUGAUACUAUUCCAUUGUCAUGUAAAGAAAAGUAUAUUUGCCAAAUGGUUACUAGAGUAUAAAUUUGAAAUGAAUUUUAUGCAUCUCUCAAGGUGUAUAAUAACCUAUUUGCUAAGAUGUACUAAAAAAUCAAAAGCUUCCCAACUUCGUAUUUUUUUAUCUUGUGAAGCAGCACAUACAUACAUACCUAUAUACACACAUACAUAUACACCCCCCUACAUAUGCACACAUACAUACAUAUACACCCCCUACAUAUGCACACAUACAUAUACACACAUACAUUCAUACAUGCACAUGGUAUAUACAUAUACGUACGUAUACACAAUGUUCUAUUCUAUGCAUGAUGGACCACUCAGAAUCUUCUAAUUCAGCUUUAGUCUUCAGGAGGAUAAAGUACAAAUUGAUGUGCUUAGUCAAAUGCACAAGGCUCGAAAAAGAACAAUUAGUUUUUGAUUUUAAUGUUUGGAGGCCUUACUUUUUUUUUAGAUGUUUUCUUUCCUCUAUGAUGAAACUCAUACACAUUUUAUUAAAAUGCCAAUUACUGUAUAUACAGAGUGCAAAAUUUUGUCCUAACUUACUAACAAAACAUCUUCAAGAUAUUAUCGUGUGUUUUACAUUAUGACACUGACUCUUAAGACAUUAAGAACAUUACAAAACAAAGAGAUCAUCUCGUGAUAUUUCCAAACAGCUAUCAGCGGUGGUUUUUUUGGGGGCUGUGAGCAUUGCCUUUUGUAUUUUAUUUUUGUGUCUAGCAGGAAAUAAUAUUGCUGUAACAAUUUUUCUAGUUGCUAUGCUUACUAUGAUGUGAUCACCUGUAUUCUUAUACAGUAGAAUAAUCAGUAUAUUUCUAAGUAUUGAUACUUCCCUAAGACUCCAUUUUGUCUUGUAAAUACUAUUACUUUAAGCAAUAAAGAUUAUUUGCAUAUAAUAAAAUGAGAGAUGGUUUUUGCCAGAGGCUUUGUUAUGUUUGUAAAAUUUACUCUCGAUUUCUUUUAAUAAAAAAUAUCCAUGAGAAUUUA